AUGCGUUUGUCUUGUGCCAAACUGCGUUACAUACUGUCCGUGAGCAGCGCGCAGGACUUCGCUGGAGUGUCGCACCUCAGCGCACUCGACAUCAUGAAUCCGCACAUUGCACAAGCUUCUCCGCAGACUCAGACCUGCAGACUCGUCCACAGCCCGGGUCUACAGCUCUGUCCGCCGGCCGCAUGUGCUGCAGAGUGUCGCUGUUCACCGUUGGCAGCUGGUUCCAUGCAGAGCUGCCGAUAUGACGGGAGCGCGCACUUGUGA